AUGAGCCUCCUAGCAAGCCUUCGACACCCAAACCUCCUUUUAUUCCUGGGCGUGACGUACGACCCACACACCCACAACCCACGGAGCAUCAUAACCGAGCUCAUGCCCUCAAGCGUCUACGACCUGCUCGAAACAAGAGGAGUGCGCUUGGAGCAACACGAAGUUUUGGACUUGGCCAGCGAUAUCGCUUCGGGUUUGGUGUACAUCCACGGCCAGAGCCCUGCUAUUGUACACCGAGAUCUCUCCUCGAGAAACGUUUUGUACGACGGUCGAACAGCGAAGCUGGCAGAUUUGGGACAAGCGAAAGCAAUGGGCGUGGCAUCGGCAGUGGGAGGCAGUCGGCAGACCGCCAUGCCUGGAGCGAUGAUUGACGUCUUCAGCUUCGGGGUGCUGCUGGCCCAACUCAUCACGGGAGAAUACCCCCGACUAGACACAAGGAAAGAACAGGUGGCCGAGGCAGGAGACCGCUUCUCCCUGCUCAAACCACUGCUUGACCGCUGCCUUAGCUUGCACGCAGAGGAUCGACCGGCUGCGGCCGAAGCCCUGCGUGCUCUGGAAGCCCUCCGUGCAGAUCCCUGCGCAUAUCACCCAGCGGGGCAUGGAGCAGGGAUUUUAGCGGACAGGUGGUUUCAGGAGGGAGAAAAGCUUCGCUACCUCCAGGAUGCCACUGAACGGUUGCAAGAGGACCUCCUCAGGGCCCAGAGGGCUGUUAAGUCUGCAGAGACCCUCCAGGGUUUGGCCGAGGGCAAUAACACCUUGGCCAACCGAGCAGCGCAGGAGGCCAAAGAAGCCAGGGUUACGGCGGGGCAGAGGGCAGAACAAGCUGAAGCACAGCUGGCAGGGCAAGUGGCUGCCACUCGCGAGGCGGAAGCGAGGGUACAGCAAGCAAUCUCCCGCUGGGAGGGGGAGAAGGUGGACCGACUCAGGUUCAGAAAGGAAUAUAUUACCAAGUGCUCCGAGGCUCAGGAGCGAGAACGGACCGUGAGAGACCUCCGGGCUCGCCUCAAAGAAGCUACCGACCGGUUGUCUAAGUACGACGGGCUGCCGGAAUCUCAGCAAAUUCGGCAGCGUAUGCUCGACCUUGAGGGGGAUCGGCAACGGGCCAACGACGAAACCUCCGAGAGGGAGAAGGAGCUCGAAGAGAGGCAACGAGACAUCGAUGCUCUCAACGAUAAGCUGAAAGCCGUUCAAGACGCGCGAGAUGCGGCAUUGAAGCAAAGCGAAGUACUGGAAACCACAGUGGACAGCGUUCUAAGGGACAGGGGUGACGCCGUCAAGCGGGCCGAGAAGGCAGGGAAGGCCUUGACCAAAGCUCGAAAGCAGGCAGACGAGGACGGCAUGCAGAUCGAAACACUAAAGAACGAGGUUCUCGGGGUGCGGAAAGAAAUGAAGCGAGUGAAAAAGGAUGCGCCCUGGGUGUUCAAAGGAGGAGGUAAAAGCCAAGGCAGCAGCAGCAACAACACAAAUGCUGCGGAUCGCAUCCGUGAAAGCAGCAACUCGACAAGCGGCGACACCGGGGAGAUCCACGAGCAGGGGGAUGGCGGCAUCUUGGGCGCUCGGCGCCGCCCCGCAUCGGCGGUUUCUUCGGGAAGCGGUAGCAGCGACGAUGAAGAGGGCAGAAGUGAAAACGGAGCGGAAACGAUGGUUGGCAAAGCCGCGGAGACAGGUCCGCGGGGCGUCGCGGAGCUUCUGCGUCGACAUCCGAAGAGGCACGAGUUACAGCGCCGAGGGCUUCGCGCCCUGAGAGACUUAGCCUACAAGGGCGACGAGGAAAGGGCGGCGGUGGCAGCAGCGGGGGGCGUAGCUGCCGCGGUCCAUGCCAUGAACCGCUUCCCGGCAGAUUCCAGAGUACAGGUCGGCGGAGUGAAGACCCUUGCACAUCUGGCCUUCGGAAACGACGUCAACAGAAUAGAGGUCGGUUCUUCCGGGGGCACGGCCGCAAUCCUUCGCACCAUGGCCGCCAACCCAGCCGACCCGGAGUUACAAGGGGAGGCGUGCACGGCAUUUACGAACCUUUCCCACAACUGCGACCGGAACAGGAAGCUCGUUGUCGAGGGUGGAGGUCUCAUCCUCAUCCUCAACGCCAUGCAGACUUUCCCUGGACAUCCGAAGCUGCAGCGCCAAGCAUGCUGGGCCCUCCUGACGCUCGCGGCGAACGACGAAAUAUCGAGGGUAAUCGCAAGCGAGGGCGGGGUGGGUGCCAUCAUCGCAGCGAUGAUCAACAACGCCGAUGAUACCUCCGUGCAACAUUUUGGCUGCUGGGCUCUGGCCAACGUGGGGUGGGGGCAAGCCGACGUGCAGAGGUUUGCAAGGGAAGAGGGCGCGAUAGAAGUCAUCCAGACUGCGGUUCAGAGGUUUCCGGAACAUCAGGCCCUUGUAGCGAAGGCGCGCCUGGCGUCGAGCAUCAUUCUCGAGGGGGUGGGGCUCGCGCCGGUGUAA